GGUCACUUGUUCAGACCCGGAAGUCAAUCGAGCACGCGGCUACUGUGGUCAGAACGUCACGACUUCUCUAGACUGGACACAUACACCGUAUUGUGUAUAUUCAUAUUUAAUUUAUACUUAAGUGACUUUCAGUAGUAGGUCGACGUUACAUGACGUCAUGGCGCUGGUGGUCGACUGUGUUCCUGGACAGUUUGAUGACGUCGAGGACGACGACAGUAACAACAAAGCAACAACAAAGCGACCGUGGAACAGCAUCUGCUAGAAAAAAUGUGCCUAGAUGACCAGAUGAUGCGUUUAAUUAUGCUGCAAAAUCGAUCGAGAAGGCGCCGUCGUAUAUGCCAAUCGCAAACGCGCAACAUCCCGGACGACAUGAAGCAAGUCAGCCUUCAACAGGUCACUAUUGAAGAUGAGGAAGAUGAGGAAGACUGCGAAGACGACGACGAUGACGACGAUGAGUGGGUGUGGUCUGCCUCAGGAGGCGACUUGACCAAACGCUACAACAGGAGUGCUGUCAGUCAGGCCAACAAACAGAAUUUGACCAAUCGCACGUUUGUGACCACGGACAGGUCGCUGAGGAGGUUUGAACACAAGCUCAACUUGGAUAAACUGAAUUUGGCCGAUUGCGUGAUCAACAAAGUGACAACGAUGCAGAAGCAGAAGGACGCCGACAAGUACCGAAUAAAGGACAAAUCGGAUCGGGCCACCGUGGAACAGGUUUUAGAUCCUCGAACCCGAAUGAUUCUCUUCAAGCUGUUGACUCGCGGAAUCAUCUCGGAAAUCAACGGCUGCAUCAGCACAGGGAAAGAGGCCAACGUUUACCACGCUAGUACGGCCAACGGAGAGAGCCGAGCCAUCAAAAUCUACAAGACUUCCAUCCUGCACUUCAAGGACCGAGACAAAUACGUCAGUGGCGAGUUCAGGUUCCGUCACGGGUACUGCAAAGGGAACCCCAGGAAGAUGGUGCGGACUUGGGCAGAGAAGGAGAUGAGGAACCUGAUCAGGUUGCAGACCGCCGGGAUCCCGAGUCCGGAACCACUGCUGCUGCGGAGCCACGUGCUGCUCAUGGGCUUCAUUGGAAAAGACGACAUGCCCGCGCCGCUGCUGAAGAACGCGGUUCUGUCCGAGUCCAAGGCCCGCGAGCUCUACCUGCAGGUGGUCCACAACAUGAGGAAGAUGUUCCACCGAGCCAGACUGGUUCACGCCGACCUCAGCGAGUUCAACAUGCUAUAUCACUAUGGCGACGUCUACAUAAUCGACGUGUCGCAGUCUGUGGAACAUGACCAUCCGCAUGCGCUCAACUUCCUCAGGAAAGACUGCAGCAACGUCAACGAGUUUUUCGUGAAACGCGGUGUGGCGGUGAUGACUGUCCGGGAGCUUUUUGACUUCAUCACUGACCUGUCCAUCACCUGUUACAACAUGGAUCAGUACCUGGAGAAGAUGAUGGCCAUCGCGGCCGAGCGGACGUCGGCGCAGCGCUCGGAUCAAGACCGUGUGGAUGAGGAGGUGUUCAAGAAGGCGUACAUCCCACGAACGCUGACCGAGGUCAGCCACUACGAACGAGACUUCGACGCGGUCAGGAAAAAGGAGGGGGACGAGUCGGCCGCCGGCGGGCAUGACGACAAUGUGCUGUACCAGACGUUGACAGGCCUGAAGAAGGAUCUUUCCGGAGUUCAGAUGGUUCCGGCCCUGCUGGAGGACGACGGCAGUUUGUCCUCGCCGGAGGAAGAGGUGGAGGAUGAUGACGAGGCCGGUCAUACGCUGCCUGGCGACGACGACGACACCGUGGACAAAAAGGAGAAGAAGAAGCUGGUGAAAGAAGCUCAGAGAGAAAAGAGGAAGACCAAAGUUCCAAAACACGUGAAGAAGAGGAAGGAGAAAGUGGCCAAGACCAAGAAGGGAAGAUGAAUGUCAUCAAGCUGCAGCCAAUCACAGCCUCCGUCUCUUAUGCCUUCAAAAGAUCCUCCAUUCAAUGCCUGUUUUCCCUUUCUUAUUGUGAAAAUUAAAGAUUGAAGAAUGAAUUAUAAAAAGAAAGCUUUGCUUCCUUGUGAAAAUACAUUAGAUAACCCCAAAAUGACUGAGAUUUUGCCCCAACCUACCAUGUUUGACAAUGCGCUUGCUCUAUCUUCAAGUUAGCUUAAAACAACAAUGACAGAGGCACGACAAGAUGCCUUCUUAAUCUCUCCUGUAACAAGUUCACAUGUAUCACUGCCAGGAUAUUUAUUUGGAAGAAGCCUCUUUUAAAAUGUAUAGAAUUGACUUUAUUUUGUAUUUUUAUUUUGUGUUGUGCAAAAAGUUCGAUUGGCACUCAGCUCACACUGUGCGAUUCUCUUCUCUUCUCUUAGACAGGACACACGACCCCUGACCAUGUCAAGGAAGAGAACAAGUAUUCCACUUUUUAGUUGCGAGCUCUGGGGGAGAAGAUAAUUACAAUGUGACAACAAGCCCCGGCGCCUACAAUACGCAAGCUAGAAAUCUAAACGUCUGAAUGGACUUAUUGACGAGAGGCGAUUGAUGGUGGAUACUGAAGGUUACGUGAUGCCCAUGCGAGCUGAGCUUUUGCGUCUAUCUUAACCUUAGUCCAAAUGGAAAUGUUUGAUUAUGGCGAUAGGGUUCAACAGAAAACGAAGUGUGACAGCAGUAUGUAUGCACACACACACACACACAAUUGAGUUGAUGAAAUAAGCGUGUGCAAACGUGAUGUUACGCAAGUGCACUAGAAGGUCAAACAUUGGUUGGAAAUGGCAAAAAGUAUUUGGAUAUUCAAGAAGGUCACGCUCGCUUACAUAUCAGCGAGGAAGACGACGACGACUAUGACAAGGGGAAGAGCUUAUAUAAGGUGCACGCUCGUUUUUUGUUGGUUCACUGUUGCAAGAGGGUGGAUGCUGCGCUCUGA